GGAGGGAGAGAACAUAGACAGAGAAAGGGGAGGGUUAAGUUAAAGAGAGAGAGGGAGAUAGAGGGGUGUUGGCACAGACAGAGAGAUUUAUUUCCACAGCUGGCAGUAAAGGUACUGUCCCGCACUCAUUUUAGUGCUGUGGUUUUGAAGGGGGCAAGAGAGGGACUAUAAAGAGAGAAAGCAAUCGAAAAAGUGGAGAAUAAAAUUCUAAAAUGGAUACCUUGGCUUUAGAGGCCACGCUGCCCAGAAAGUCUCAGAACGGAGCAGUGGUGGCAGUGCCCACACCACCAACCCCUGCCAAGCGUAAACCUGCUAAAAAAACUAAGAAAGCUGUCGUCUUUUUCGAGGUGGAGAUUCUGGACGCCAAGACGAAGGACAAGCUCUGCUUCCUUGACAAGGUUGAGCCUAAUGCCACUAUCGGGGAAAUCAAAUCCAUGUUCCACAAGAGCCACCCAGAGUGGUAUCCGGCCAGACAGUCCAUUCGUUUGGAUCCCAAGGGGAAAUCAUUGAAGGAUGAAGACGUUCUGCAGCACCUGCCUGUGGGAACAACAGCAACCUUCUACUUCAGAGACCUGGGAGCCCAGAUCAGCUGGGUCACGGUGUUUCUGACCGAGUAUGCCGGACCUCUGCUGAUUUAUCUGAUGUUUUACUUCAGAGUUCCCUUUAUUUAUGCACCUAAAUAUGACUUCACCACCAGCAAACACUGGGUCGUACAUUUGGCAUGUAUGUGUCACUCCUUCCACUACGUUAAGAGACUUCUAGAAACUCUGUUCGUCCAUCGCUUCUCCCACGGAACAAUGCCGCUCCGCAACAUCUUCAAAAACUGCACAUACUACUGGGGAUUUGCUGCUUGGAUGGCUUAUUACAUCAACCACCCGCUCUACACACCACCAAUCUAUGGAGAACAGCAGAUCAGACUCUCCCUUAUUGUAUUCCUGUUCUGUCAGAUUGGAAACUUCUCAAUUCAUAUUGCCCUGAGAAAUCUCCGACCACCAGGGUCUAAAACCAGGAAGAUCCCGUACCCGACUAAAAACCCCUUUACCUGGAUCUUCCUGCUCGUCUCAUGCCCCAACUACACUUAUGAGUUGGGCUCAUGGCUGGGCUUCACUCUGAUGACCCAGUGUCUGCCCGUGGCGUUCUUCACCCUGGUGGGCUUCAUCCAGAUGACCGUGUGGGCGAAAGGAAAACACCGCAGCUACCUAAAGGAGUUCCGAGACUAUCCCAAACUCCGUUCACCAAUUCUGCCCUUUAUACUGUAGAACAGUCAUGCAGUAUUCUUCAUUUUUUAACGCUUUCUUUUGCCCCUUUCUCUCUAUCGUCCCUCUUUUAUAAUGUAUCACCACCCACAUCCAACUUCAUGUUUGCUUGCCUCCCCAAAACUCCAUCUCCCUCUUUUACGAACAUCUUUUCUGCAGUCUCCGAACAAAGAUUGGACUGGAAUGGACUGAUUCUAAGUAGCUCUCUUUUGAAACCCUUUUACAGGUUAUCGAAGACUUCAUGGUUGCCAUCAUGCUAAUGACUAUUGGAUAUCGCCCUCUAUGGGUUGGAUCUCAUGAUAACAGUCAAGAAAUAUUUGGAGUCGUAUUUCAGCCCCAAAUAAAAUGUUAUUUUACAUUAAGUUUUUUUUUCUUUUUUUUAGUAAUAUAGAAUGUCUGGAUAGGAUGAUGUUCAUUAUUGUGCAAUUACAGUAAUGAGAUUUUAGUGAGAAGUGCUUAUGAAAAUGUCAAAAAUAAAAAUGGCUCAAAAAAGUUUUCUUUUUUUAGAUUCACCCAUGUAGUCUACAGGCUUUAGGGGUAAAAUGGUUAAACAUGUAUUUAGGACUUUGUCCCGCUGCAGCUUGUUUGCACUCAUCUACUGGGAAUCGUUCUGUAUUUGUGUCCAUGUCUCAGAUAUGCAUUGAUUACUUCAUGCUCAUUUGGGAAACUGUUCAGUAACCAAUCAAAAGCUCAGUUAACAACAAGACCUGUUGUAACAGGUCAAAGACCACUAACAAUAUUCAGUACUGUAAAAACAAGUUUCCAACAUACAGGAUGUGAUUACAUUUAGUGAUGCUAUAGUUCACUAGGCACUAACUGCAGCUGUGUAAAAACUCUUGCUGAUAUUUUGUUCAUUCAGAAUAUACUAAAUAAUUUGGGUGUGCAAUAUUGUCAUU